UCAAAAGUAACGCUGGUCGAAUAGCGACGCGAGACCUGACGCCGUGGCAGUUGUAUUUUGAAAUUAUAGUAUGUGAUCUCAAGAAUUAUUAACUGUUAGAAGUGUUUCAUUAUUUUUGCAUAGAAGUGGUUCUCAGCUCUGGAGUAUCAGUGAAACUAUUUUGUGUGUUGGUAAGGUUAUGAACGCUACAUGUUUACCAGACGCUAGAAGAAGACCAACCUAAAUUGUGCACAACAUUAUGUGAAUACGUAUUGCGUGUAUAAAAGAGCGUAUGAAAUUAUAGAAUUCGCAAAAAUAAAGGAAUUAAUGGUUUCAAGGUAACUCGAAAAUCGAGAACAAAAAACAAAAUAAACGUAACCUCCAUCUAGAACGAAGUUACUUCUCUUAGCUGAUUCGCACGCUGAUUCAAUUCAUCAUUUUCGUACAAGAGUCUCGAAGCAAUUCCCAGAAUGUACUUCAAACCCAUUUUAAUUCUUACAUUCACUAAAUUUAUUUAGCCAUGUACAGGAAAUGAUGUUUGUUUAUUUUUUGGGGAAGGAUAACACUUUUUUCAUGUUUAGAGCUAUGAAUAUUGACCGCAGUUAAAUGAUCAGCGUCACAAAAUUUGGUAUAUAAGAUGACUGGUCACAACCAAGAUAAUAGCGAUGAAGAGAUGGAAAUUGAGACCUCGGCCCAUGAAAACAUUGAUAGUGACGAAGAAGGUGGUCUCAGGAUAGAUGAUGAUAUUUAUAUACCACCGCCACCAAAGCCAAUUACAGAUGCAGAUCUUAAAGGGCCAAGAGUUAUCAUUACCAAAAUAGUCAAUCAGAAUUUUAAAAGCUACGCUGGCGAACAAGUUGUCGGACCUUUUCAUAAGUGUUUCUCAGCUAUAAUUGGGCCCAAUGGGAGUGGUAAGAGUAACGUGAUUGAUUCCAUGCUCUUCGUUUUUGGAUACAGAGCAAGCAAGAUACGAUCGAAAAAGAUAUCUGUUCUCAUCCAUAACUCCAGUGAACAUCCAAAUUGUAAGAGCUGUACUGUUGCUGUACAUUUUCAGAAAAUUAUUGAUAAGCCAGGGCAUGACUACGAUGUCGUCCCAAAUAGUGAAAUUAUUAUAUCAAGAACGGCAUUCAAAGAUAAUUCAUCAUUUUAUCAACUUAAUGGAAAAAAAGUGCACUUCAAAGAAGUUUCAAAAGUAUUGAGAGACUGUGGUGUGGACUUAGAUUAUAACCGUUUUCUCAUUCUUCAGGGUGAGGUAGAGCAAAUAGCUAUGAUGAAACCAAAAGGCCAAACAAAUAAUGACACGGGUAUGUUGGAGUUCUUAGAAGACAUUAUAGGCACAGUGCGUUACAAAGAACCUUUGGAAAAAUUGACAGAGAAAAUAGAAUUACUGACGGAAACAAGGAUAGAGCAUAUGAACAGAGUUCAUGUUAUCGAGAAGGAAAAAGAAGAGCUGGAAGAACCUAUGCAAACUGCUGUACGAUAUUUGAAAUGCGAAAAUUCCAUCACGAAACUACAACAUCAGCUCUAUCAUUGCAAGCGAUUGCAAUCACAAGACAAAUUUGCGGAGCAAGAAUUGGCGGUUGCUGAGUUUGACAAAGAUUACCAAAAGCUUGCAGAAGAAAUGAGUCUAGUCAAGGAAGAAAUAAAUGAGAAACAAUCAUUGUUGAAAGAGAAAUCUCCGGAAUGGGAAGCUCUAGAACAUAAGAAAGAGAAGUUGACUAUAAAAUACAAUGAGAUCAAGAAAAAAGAUGAACAAUUCCAUGCGGAACUGGUGGAAACAAACAAAAGACGGAAAGCCAACAUGGCAUCGGUCACAUCUGAGAAAGAAAAACUUGAGGCACUAGGUCAAGUACCAGCAAAAAACGCAAAGGAUAUUGCUGAGUGUGAAGCAUUGCAUGAGCGCUGUGUAGCACAGCAUGCAAAAGAAGAAGCUGCCUUGGAACCGCUUAUAAUCGAAAUGCAGGAAAAGACCGAACCGCUAUUAGAACAGCGAAAAGAGCUGGAAACAGAUUUGAUGUCACUGAGAAAAAACGUUGACGAAGCUAGAGGUCAUUUUGAAAUUGCUCAAUCCCGACUCCAAUUGUACACUGCUGCUGAGGAAUCAGAAAAAGCAAAGCUAGAGGAGUUGCAAGCAAGUCUGAAGAACACCAUCGAAUUGUUAUGGGAGAGGAAACAAGAAAUAAAGAUAUUUGAUAGUAAAAUACCAGCGACUGAAAAAAGUCUAAAAGAAGCCAAAAAGGAAAUGGAUGCACUGAAGCAGCGGGACUUUGAAACGACUUCCCGUUUGAGAAACACUAGAAUUUUAUUCGAAGAACAGAGGUCGGCUAUGAAAGCAAGUACAUCCAGAAACAAAGUGUUGAACUCUCUUAUGCAAGAAAAGAGACAAGGAAAUAUUCCUGGUAUCAGCGGGAGAUUGGGUGAUCUUGGUGCCAUAGAUAGCAAGUAUGAUGUAGCAAUUUCAACAGCUUGCGGUCCUUUAGACAAUAUUGUCGUAGAUACUGCUGAAACUGCUAAACGUUGCAUCGCCUUUCUAAGACAGCAUGACAUUGGUCGGGCAACGUUUAUCGCUCUGGAAAAACAACAACGUUUUUGGCCUCAAUGUAAACAGAGAAUUCAAACUCCGGAGAAUGUUCCCAGGCUCUUUGAUUUAAUCAAGGUCGAAGAUGAAGCUGUGCUUCCUGCAUUUUAUUAUGGUCUUCAAAAUACGUUGGUCGCCAAGGAUUUAGAUCAGGCUACAAGAAUUGCUUACGGAGCUCAGAGAUACAGAGUUGUUACCUUGAAAGGAGAACUUAUAGAAACAUCAGGAACAAUGACUGGUGGUGGAAAAACAGUUCUGAAAGGUAGGAUGGGACAAAGUGUCGUCAGAGCCGAGCCUUGUGCAGCUGACGUUGAUAGGCUCCAAGUAGAUCUUGAUAAAAUAUAUGAGGAAAGUAAUCAAAUAAAGGAUAGACAGCAGAAAUUAGAACCCCAAAUACACACAUUAUCAACAGCCUUAGCCGAUAUGAAAAUGGACAGAAAUAAAUAUGUUAUUGAAAUAGAAUCAUUGACGAAGCAAAAACCAUCGUUAGAAUCUCAGUUAAGCUUACAAGAAAAAAAAGCUGCAGAGGCUGUAUCUAAUCCAGAUGAAGUGAAAAAAAUGACAAAUGCUGUAGAACGUGCUAAAGCGAGGUUUGAAAAGGCGGAAGCUGGUUCAAAAGUCACCGAGGAAAAAGUGGCAAAAAUAAACGCAGAGAUUGAGGAGAUUUCUGGAGGUAAAGUUAAACAACAAAAAAAAAAGAUAGCGGAAUUUGCAAAAAAAAUUGAAAAGGCUAGAGGGGAAAUCUGCCGACUUCAAGUGGCUAUUAAAACUUCGGAAAGAGAUUCAAAAAAGGUGGAACAGCGCAUUCAAACCUUGCAGACCAGCGUACGAAAUUGCGAAGAUAAAAUUCGCGAAAUUCAAGCGGAAAAAGUCAAACUAGAGGAACAAGCUAAAGAAAUAUUAAGCAAAUUGAGCGAAAUUACAGAGUCUCUUUUAGAAAGAGAUGAGCAUCUGGGUGAGUUUAAGAAUGAAGUGCAAGCCCUACGUGACCGUGAAAACAAGAUGAAAGCUGUAAAAAUUGGACUGGAUCAGAAGGCCAAGGAAAUGCAUUUGAUCUUAGAAAGUCAUAAAAAAUUAAUUCCUGAUUAUACAAAAAAGAUUGCUGCGUUGCAGCUUCAAGCCAUUCCUGGAGAACCCGUGCAAGAGUUAACAGAUCUAACGGAAGAAGAAAUUCGCCAGUUAGAUCCCAAAUCUAUUGCGGAGCAUUUAACCAAAACAAAAGAAAGGCUGCCGGAUGAAAUUCCAAAUAUGCAGCUCAUCAAAGAAUACAUGGAAAAAGAUGCCCUUUACAUGCGUCGUGUGAAGGCUCUAGAGGAAAUUACCAUCCAUAGGAACAAGUUGCGGGAUUCAUACGAAGACAGUAGACGACGUCGGGCUUAUGAAUUUCUGUCUGGAUUCUCCAUUAUUACCAGUAAAUUGAAAGAGAUGUAUCAAAUGAUUACUCUUGGUGGUGACGCUGAACUAGAACUGGUUGAUUCUCUGGAUCCUUUCAGCGAAGGAAUUGUUUUCAGUGUUCGACCGCCGAAAAAGUCCUGGAAAAAUAUAAGUAAUCUGAGUGGCGGAGAAAAAACUUUGAGUUCCUUGGCUCUUGUUUUUGCUUUGCAUCACUAUAAACCAACGCCUUUGUAUUUCAUGGAUGAGAUAGAUGCGGCUUUAGAUUUCAAGAAUGUGUCUAUCGUAGGGAAUUAUAUAAAGGAACGCACGAAAAACGCUCAAUUCAUAGUAAUUUCCCUGCGUUCUAACAUGUUUGAACUGGCAGAUUACCUGGUUGGAAUAUACAAAACCUAUAAUUGCACCAAGUGUGCCAUUUUGGAUGUAGACAAAUAUUGUAAAGUACACAAAAUUCUGCCAGCUGCUCCGAAUUUAAAUAGAGAUCCCUACUUUGCAUCACAAGUUGCAAGAACAUUAACUCAAUCAUCUAUGCAGAAUCAAAAUGUGCCCCUCAGAGCCACAUGCCCUACAAUAAUUUCUGAAUCACCUUCGGGCUCAUCAUCAAAUGGAUCUAGGACAGAAACAGAGUUGGCAUUGCCAGAUUUAGGAUUAUGUCCUUCUCCAAAAAGAUCGUCUCCACGUGAAUCUGCAGUCAAUGAAUCAAAUGGACUCCAUUCGCCGUGCGAACCUAAAAAUAAACGACGUAGAUUAUAAAGAUUUUUGUGCUUUGACGAACUGUAAUAUGUGAAUCCCUGUGCCUAAUAUUAUUUGGGUAGCAUGGGGUUGUAAAGAUAGCAAUAAUUCUUUGUUUCAUAUGUGGAUAAGAAUUUAAUUGCAAUAUGGGAUGAAGGGAUCAACAUAGUAUGGAGUCUAUAAAUUAAUAUUUUUAAUACAUGAAUGACAUCCUUUAGACAAUACCUAUCUUUGAUAAACUGACAAUAUUGUAUAUUACUCGUCUGCUAUAUCUGACUGAAAUUUCCAUUCUUAUUCUCAAUAACCACCCGUACUGCCAGGGCUUAAUCAUUUGCAAUACAUAAAAAUCUAAAAUAGAUUGUUAGGAUUUUAUAUAUGAACAACGAUUAAUUUUCUAGCGAAAUAUAUGCACUACUCGUUAGUUACCAAUUCCUCACAAA